AUAAAGUAAAAAAUAAUAAUAAUAAUUACUACUCCGUCGUGAGUAUUUGCGUCGUUCGUUUGUUGUUAUUGUGUUGUAACAGUUGUAGUAGCUGGAGUAGUACGAUUUAUAAAUUGUUUUUCCGCUCGGCCGCCGUACUUCACUGGUACGACAUAUCCGCCGACGUGACGGUAAUAUUAGCGUCGACCACCCGAUCGAACUAUCAACCAUGCGCGGAGGACUCUUAAUUUAAUAUACUCAUGUUUGAACAUUUUUGUUUUUAUCUAUACGGGAACUUCACGAUCUACCGUCGCCACUGUCAUUUCGUGUCUCCGCGGUAGUAUUGUUGUCUAAUCGUAAUAAUAAUAGUUUAAAUUGUAUUGUACUCUCGUUACAGAUAGAUUUUUUUAAUCAUAAGCCUCAUGUUAGAUUCGUGUUAAAAGAGUUACUCCAUGACACAAUGAGUGAGUUUGAUACCCCAAUGGAAGUGGAUGAAAACAAUGAUUCCAAAGAUCUUGAUAUUAGUAUCAAUAUUGUUUCUGAAUGGCUAGUUAAAUUUGAUAAUAAUACCCUGAAUGAAUCUGAUUUUCGUAAUUAUUGGAAAUUAUGGGUUCCACGUAUUUUAAAGCCAGAAGUUCAAGGCAAUUCUUUAGAAUGGUCAUUUAAUGAACAGAAGGCUGAAAAAGUUUUAUUCAAUACACUUGAAGAAUUUAUAUGCAGUGGGAAUAGUAUAGAGGUAUUACGUGGCUUAACACAACAGAACUAUCCUCCUUCAGUAUGUGGUCGAGUAUUCAAAAUGGGUGAGCCAACAUAUAAUUGUCGAGAAUGUGGAAUGGAUAGUACAUGUGUGUUAUGUGUAGAUUGUUUUAAGCGAUCUCCACAUAAAAAUCACAAAUACAAAAUGGGAACAUCUUAUGGAGGUGGUUGUUGUGAUUGCGGUGAUGUAGAAGCUUGGAAGCGGGAUCCUUACUGUCAAACUCAUAAACUUGGUUUAGAAAAAAAACAUGUUAAUCUAAAUUUUUUAACAAAUGAUAUGGAAAAACGUGCUCAUUUAGUUUUUGAAUGUGUUCUUCGUUAUGCUCGUACAUUACUUACCUUAGAACAUUCACCUAUGUUACCUGCUGGACUUGAUUCCGAUGAAAAGAUGGAAGAUUUAUAUAGCAUUUAUAGAAAUCAGGAAGAUAGUUUUUGUACAGUUCUUUAUAAUGAUGAGACACAUACAUUUGAUCAAGUUAUAACAACACUUAAUAGAUUCAUUAAAUGCCCACAACGAGAAUCCAUUGAUUAUGUAACAUCUAUUGAUCGAGAAGGUAGAGCAGUGGUAAAAUGUGCUGGUUUUGUACAAUGUAAAGAUCUAAAAGAAGAAAUUGAAAAAUUUACAUCUCGUCAUGGUAGUAAACCUUUAAAAGCAGUUGUAGUUCAUUCCCAUGUUAUUGCUCAUCAAAUUUAUGCACUUAGAUUAUUGACAUGGAUGCAAAAUUUAUUAGGAUAUUCAGAACGUUUGAGAGCAGUAUUUUCAGAAGUUGUACUUGCAUCUACACCCUCAGAAGGUUGUAUUGUUGAAAGUAUAUUACGCAAAGAUACUGUAUUAUGGAAAUCAGCAAGACUACAUUGGCAUAAACUCUUUAUUGCUGGUAUGUUCAUAGAAUAUGAAAAUAAAAAAGAGUUUGCUAAGGUUUUCACAGAUAACUAUGGAGCGAUAAUGAAGGAUUAUAUCAAUGAUGAUCAUGAUUAUUCAUAUUCUGUUGCUUCAUUGGGUGUACAGAUUUUUACUGUACCUACAUUAGCAAAUUACUUAAUGGCUCAUCACGAUGUUCUGUAUAAACUUUUAAAUACAUUUUUAUCAGAGUGUUCACAUAAAGUAAACAGACAAGGCAAAUUAGAAUUUGAACGAAAUACUUCAACCUUACCAUUCAAAAGAGCACAACAUGUUCUUGGAGAUAUUCGUUAUCUAUUAGGUUGUGUACCCGAGGUAUGGAAUCCUGAAUUAAGAGUAUCAUUUUGUCAUGCUGUUUCUUUAGUCCUUAAGAUACUUAAUUACAUGCAAAACAUGGAUACUGUUACCCGGCAAGUGGGUCAACAUAUGGAGUAUGAACCAGAAUGGGAAACAGCUUUUAAUUUACACAUAAAAUUAAGACCAUUAAUUACUAAGAUAUUGGUAUGGUGUGGAUCAGACAAUAUUGUAUUGAAAAAAGUAUAUAGGAUGACUUUAAAAAAAAUUUGGGAAAAUCCAGUUAUAGAUCCUCAAAGAGCUACUGUAGUUAAAGAAUUAAUUGACUAUAAAGUUACCUGUAUUGAUUAUGAUGUAUCUACUGAACCUGUGUCUAUACAUCUUCCUCUGUCUAGAUUUCUUGCUGGUCUUCAUUUAUGUUUGGACCGUUUUGAUCUAAGUUUUGAACAUUCUGAAUUGCAGACUGCCAAGCAAUCUCCUGAACAGAUAAUUGAACCAGUUCUUCGUGCUCUAGUUUUAAUAUCACAAGUACAUGCAGGAAUGUGGAGACGUAAUGGAUAUUCGCUUUUAAAUCAAAUAUAUUUGUAUCAUAAUUCUAAAUGCCGUAUGGAAAUGUUAGAUAAGGAUAUUGUGAUACUUCAGAUGGGUGCAUCAUUAAUUGAUAGUAAUGAAUUUUUGAUACAUGUAUUGAACAAAUUUAAUUUAUUAAAAUGGGCUCAACCUAAUUUUGAAUUGAACCUAUUAAAUGGAUCAGAAGAUGAAUCUAUUCGCCAAACAAUUAGCUUAGUUGAAGAAUUUCUAACUCUUAUAAUCACCAUAGUUGGCGAAAGAUAUACUCCUGGUGUUGGACAAGUAACCUUUAAGGACUGUAUAAAAAAAGAAGUGAUACAACAGUUGUGUGUAGAGCCUAUGCCUCAUUCAGAAUUAAAUAAGACCCUUUUAAAUAUUGUUGAAGACGAAGAAUGUUUAGAAAAAGUAAUAAAUGAAGUUGCUGUCUUUAAAAAAACUAGAGGAAAAGGAGUUUAUGAAUUAAAACCAAUUUAUUAUAAUGAUUACAAUGUAUUUUUCUAUCAUUACUCAAGAGAAGAGAUGUCUAAAUCGGAAGAAGAACAAAGAAAACGGAGAAAGGCAGCUGGUGAACUUGAGUGUUGUCCUCCUCCUAGCUUACCAUUGUUUAGUAAUGCUUUUAAGAAGAUUGCAAAUAUUAUGCAAUGUGAUUUAAUGUUUUACCUUAUCAGAUUGAUAUUAGAUAGAACUUUAAAUUUAAGAAGUAGAAGUUUUUCUGAGUCUCAACUACAUAAAGUCCUUCAUCUUAUUGGAUAUGCACUUCAUGAAGAAGAAAAUCAAGGAAAUCAAUCAUUUAAAUUUACUGAACGUGCAGAACCUUAUGGUAUAGUAAAUGCAUUAGAUGAACUUAGGCGUAGCCCUAGAGUUGAAGCUUAUAAAGACUUAGCUACUUGGACAUUAAACAAGUUUAAACAAGUAUCUGCACCUAAAAAAGAAAGCGAAAAAACAGAAAAAGUAGAAUCUAUGGAAGGUAUAAAGAAUGAUGAUAUUGAAGUAGAAAAACAGAAAAGAGCUAAAUUAGCUGCUGAUCGAAGAGCUACUGUUAUGGCUCAAAUGGCUCAAAUGCAAAACAAUUUUAUGAAAGAUAAUGCAACAUUAUUUGAAAACACUCCUACUUAUUCAGAGUCUCAUCAAGAUUCUAGUAUGGACAUUUUAGAAAAUAUUACUGAACUUUCUGUUGCCCUGGGUCCCCAUCAAACUCAAUCUAGUACAUUUGAUAAUAGAUAUACAUGCAUAUUGUGCCAAGAAGAACAAUUAGUUACUCAUGAUAGUCAAGCUAUGGUUUUAGCUACAUUUGUACAAAAAUCAUCUGUUCUUUGCCAAGUAAGGAGUAAUUCAGAAAAUGUUAAUGAUCACAUUUCUGACCCUUACUAUAUACCAGCAAACUUUGGUCCUUCUCCUCAUAUUUCGACCUGUGGACAUAUUAUGCAUGUUGCCUGCUGGCAAAAACAUUUUGAUAUGAUUCUAGCUAAAGAAAACAGAAGACCAUAUCGAUUGAGACAUUCAUUAAGUUUUGAUGUACAUAAAAAUGAAUAUUUAUGCCCUCUUUGUGAAGGACUUUGUAAUACUGUUAUACCAUUGUUACCACCUAUUUCUAGUUUUACAGAACCUGAGAAUAUGAAAACAUUUGAAAAUUUAUCGUUUGAAAAUUGGUUAGAAGGAUUAAAUAUGGCAUUAAAACAAAGUAAGGUUACCAUGUCCAAAGUUUCAGAAAAAUCAAAUUCAGAUGCCGUUAUUAUUCAACAAUUUAUCAAUUCUGAACCUGAACCUGAGCGUCAAAGAACUCCUAGUAGAAGAGAUCCUACAUUAGAACUAAAUGCUACAAAUUUGGGUCCCAAUAAUAUGGCUCAAGUAAUUGUGAUUCGAGAUAAUAAUGAUUUUCAACCAGAUGAAGAUGAUGAUGAGGAAGAAGUUUUACCCCCAGCUAAUCUAUUUUCCAUUGGAACUAAUGAUUUUAUUAUGCAAAUACUUAUGUUUGAUAAAUCAUCACCAAUGGCUGUACCUAAAGAAUCAGUAUAUAUAGACAGUGAACUUUCAAGUAGUUUAGUUAAUACAAUAUUAAAAUUUGCUCACAGUACUUACUCAAAAGCUACAGGUAUCAAUAAUCCACAUCCAGAUAAUAAUCAAAUCCCAUUAAUGACAUGGAAAGCAUGUGCUUACACUAUACAUUCAAAUGAAGUUAUUCUUCGUUAUAAAAAUAAACCAUUACUUGGUGAUUUAUCGUGUCGACAAAAAGAUUGUCUUGAAGCAAUUGUACGCGUUUCAGGGAUUCUUAGUUCUACAUGGAAAAAAGAAUCUGAAAUUAAUUUACAUGCCCUUCGACUUUUAUCCCUAGCAAUUGAUAAUGGUGGAGAUAACUCUAUUGGAGUACUUGAUUGGGAUGCUUUUGGAAUGUUGGUUUCAUUGACGAUGACUUUACCGAGUUUAUAUUAUACUGAAGUGCCUGGCCCUGCACCGAGAGGAACUAUGGUAGACUUCCAUACUCUACUUUUAAUGUUCAUAGCUAACUUGGUACAGAUUAUAUUAACUAUUAAUAUAGAAGAAAACUCAAAUGAAAUGCUUGAAAUAGAUGAAGAAGCUGAAGACACUUACUGUUUAGCUGAUUUGGUCUACAAACUUCGAGGUAUACAUAUUAAAAAUACAGUUUCUGUUUGGAAUUCAAUAGAGAGUUGUGCUAUACCAUUUUUGAGGUGUUGUUCUUUAUUUUAUCAUUUCUUGACUGGCGUACCAGCAUCAGGUGUUUUAACAGAAGUUGAUGGAGAUACAUACCAUAAUAUGUGUUGUUAUUUAGGUUUACCAACAUCGUGUAAAGAAUUAUUGGAUAAACCUUAUGUUAAUAUAUUAAUAAAUAAAUGGGCUGAAAAUGAAAAGUUAAUCAAAAUCAAAAAUGGUGAAAAAAUACCUUUCAGAGCUUGGAUGCACAUUAAUGAAUUAGUUCAGCUUCCAGAUGAUUACAGUGAAUUAAUUAAUACUGUAUCAAUGUUUACUUGUCCGAAUAGUGAUCAUGAAGAUUCAAGAAAUCCAACCAUGUGUUUAGUGUGUGGAGCUAUGCUUUGUUCUCAAAGCUAUUGCUGUCAAACUGAAAUAAAAAAAGUAACGGUGGGAGCGUGUUCUGGUCAUGCAUACACAUGUGGUUGUGGAGUUGGAGUUUUCUUGCGUGUACGUGAGUGUGAAGUUUUAUUGUUAGCCACUUUAAAUAAAGGUAGCUUCAUUUUGCCGCCAUAUUUGGACGAGUAUGGUGAAACUGACCAGGGCCUAAAACGUGGAAAUCCUCUUUAUCUAUGUAAAGAUCAGUAUCGUAAACUACAAAUACUCUGGCUAGGUCAUGGGCUUCAUGAAGAGAUAUCUAGGUAUUUAGAUUCCACACAUAACCUAAUACCUACAGCUUGGCAGCAUAUGUAAACAAAUAAAUGUUUGAUACCCUUACUUGCCUGACAGUAGUGACAAUAUUUAUACCAUAUAUCUUUAGUUAAUAAAUUUUAUCAUAAAUUGAUGUUUAACAAUUUUUUCUCUUUAACUAGAAGUGUACUAUAGGUAUCUGUAUAUGAACAUACUAUAUUAUAUAUAACAUUACAUUCAUAUAAGUCAUAAUAGUUAUUAAUAUAUA